AUAAAGCAAAGGGAAUCAAAUGGUCAAAAGGAUACAAUUUUUACUAUUCCAAGCCAGAGAAGUCGCCAUGAGUAUUAUAACGCUUUAUGUGGUGACCUGUGUUGCUUUGCUUACAGAAGCUUGGGGACUACCAUUUUUCUCUCAAGAAGAAGAUAAUGAAUUUUUAGGACUUAAAAGGAUACCCUACCCAGCCAAUUGGCAUGCAGUUACAGUGUCUGAACAGGUGAGUGAAUACUGGUUAUUACUGAAGAGAACAUCACAGUAUUCCAUGGACACAGUCAGGGACUACGUUAGUUUUUACAAGAAUAUGUUAUGGCAACAGGAAGAACAUAAAGCUUGAUCUGUGACUCCAAAAAUUUAUGUAUCUAUGUCCAUGGUAUUAAUCAACAUGAUUCUUCCUGGAAUAUCAGUGUGUGAGACAGAUGCUAUUAUGUCUAAUUGACAAGGAUCCAACAUAAAUGUCUUCAUCCUGUCCUGGAAUAGAUAAGGUUAUAUCCUGUGAAAAAAGUGCCCAGGCCUUCAGCUACUAUCCUGUAUGAAAGAAAUUACUUUUAAGUUGUCUUGAAUAGCAUUUGUUGUCCAACGGGCGCUGCAUGAGAAAUAUACCUAUUGUCAUAUGUAAAUCAAAAGUAGUUGUUAUGGUUUUUCAAUGUGAGGAAUGUCCUAGUGAAUGUAAUAUUGAUUUUGGAAUCUUGUUUGUGGACUGGAUUAUUCUUAGGAAUUGUUCACCACAAAUUAGAUUUAACUUGAAAUUGUCCAUAUGCCAGAAGCAAUAUGGGAGUGCAAUGUUAACAAAGCACUGCUGCUUGUUUCUGCAUUGUUUAAUUGAGAAAUUGAGGGAUGUAGACAACACAGACUUUACCUACCAUUUCAUUUAUAACUCCUUCACUUUUGUGAACAUAUAAAAAUCCAGUUACAUAUAUAGUACCACUUGGCCUAUCCUGAUGCCUGUAAUUCAAAGCAAGAAGAAAUCUGUAUAUUGAAAACAUUCAUUCAUCACUGGAUCUUGAUCCUAUUUUUCCAUGGUUUACCCUAUAACUUUUGAAAGUACCCUAUUUGAAUUUCAUUCAGUUUACAUUUAUGCUUUUCCUGACAUACCAAAUUUUCCACUUCUGUAUAACUAAGUGAGAAAAAAUACCCUCUUACAUACAGCUAUUUUUGCUUCUUUCAAGAACCAUUAAUUCCAUACUACAGACCUGAUAUUACUUUAGCUUCUAGGAAGGGAACUGUAUUAAACUAUGGAAGCAGAAAAAAGGGAUAUGGUACAUACAUGUUUUUAAAGACAUAAACUUUGUGAUUUGCAGUUCACAACAAAUAUAAAAUAACUUUUAAAAAAUAUAUGUCAAAAAUAGCAACUAUAUCCCUGUUUUAUUUCCCUUUUCUUCAAGAUGUCCCUUAUCUUAAUAUUUCUUUAUCUAUUUUCCUCAUCUUUAGUGACUGUUCUGCCAAGGUAUAUACAUUUAUCCACUUUUUCUAGUUUUAACAUGUAUGUAUAACUUUUAAUUGCUCCCAUGCAUUUUCUCUGCCAAACAUGUUAUUUAUCAUUGACAAAUUAAUUUUUAGAUCCUUGCAUGUUUAACUAGUGUAUAUAAUGAUUCUACCUUCUGUGUUUCCAACAACAACACAUUGUGAGAUGGGUUGGGCUGAGACAGAGUGACUUGCCCAAAGUACUGAGAUGGCUGCUUUCUACUCACAAUUGCUGCUAAUCACAUGAGUCAACAAUUUGGCAACAUUUGCAUAUGAAGUAGAUGUACAUUCAUAUCCUCAAUCAACCAAAUUCAAUUCAAUUUGGCAACAUUUGCACAUGAAGUAGAUGUUCAUUCAUGUCCUCAAUCAACCAAAUUCUAACACCUCCAAAAUCAUUUUUGUAUGUUUAUAGGUUUCUUAAAUAAUCAAGGAAAUAUACACAUUCUUAUCUUAUUCCCUGGUUAAUGUUGAACCAUUCAUUAAGCAUUUUUUCUCCUUAGGUACACUUUUGUUCCAUCAUAUAUAAUUCUUAAUACAUUCAGCAACUAACCUUUGUGCAAAUAUUGCCUACUCAUUCCGUCAUAUGGUUUCUCUAGAUUAAUCAGUGUGCAACCUUUAUCUAUCUGGGAAUAUUAAUCUUUCACAAAAAUAGAUGUCGCGUAGCAGAAUCUAUAAAGUUUGAAAUGACACUGAAACAACAGAGAAAUCAAACAAUCUCUUUGAAAAUUCAAUUACACACAGUACGUAUUCCACUAAGCAGGUGUUCAGUUAAAAAAAAAA